AUGUUGCUGCUAUCGGUAGCACUGCUUGCGAUCGUGCUGUUCCUCGGCCUGCAGUACAUCUUCUCGUACUGGCAUCGCCACGGACUGCCCCACCUAAAGCCGGAGAUUCCCUACGGAAACCUGCGAUCCGUGGCCAAGCGCCAGCAAUCGCUUUGAGUUGCCAUCACCGAGCUGUACCGGCGCUCAACGGAACCACUUGUCGGGAUCUACCUGUUCUUCACGCCGGCCAUCUUGGUUCGCGAUGCCACGCUGGCCAAGCGGAUUUUGACGGUGGAUUUCGGCAGUUUCCAGGAUCGUGGAGUUUUGUACGACAAGAAGCGUGACCUAUUUUCGUGCAACUUGUUUGCGGCGCCGUUGAGCGCGUGGCGACCGGUUCGGAGCAAGUUGACGGCGGCGUUCAGUUUGAGUCAACUGCGGGGAAUGCUACCGACGGUGCUGGACGUUGGAACGAAGUUGGAGGGACACUUGGGGGUUGCGGCGGAGAGUGGAGACGCUGUUGAUCUUAGCGGAAUUUGUACACGUUACGUUGUGGAUAUUAUUGCGGAGGUGCUCUUUGGCUUUAAAGCGGACUCUAUUGACAACCCGGAACAUCCGUUCUACACCAUUGGUGGUAAGCUAGUACGGAAUACUCUGAUAAACAACGUUCGGACAUCCGGAACGUUCAUCUGUCCGGAUUUGCUGAAACUGAUGAGGGUUUCUUCGAUAUCUCGAGAAGUCUCCAACUUUAUGACCAACCUAGCGACGCAGCAGAUGAAGUAUCGUGAGAAGAAUGACUUGGCUAGAAAGGAUUUCUUGCAGUUGCUGAAUGAUCUUCACCAAGUUGAUUUGUCAGCUGAAGAGUGCGCAUCGAAUGUGAAUCUGUUCUACACUGCAGGUUCGGAAACCACCAAAUCUACAGUCAUCUAUACUCUUCACGAACUAGCUCACCAUCCAGAAGUUAUGAGACGGCUUGUGGAAGAAGUUGAUGAAUACGUCAAGCAAUCAGGUGGUGAGAUUAGCUACGAUCUUGUUAAGAGUAUGCCAUAUUUGGACCUGUGCGUGAAGGAAACCCUGAGAAAGUAUCCCGGACUGUUUUUCCUGAACCGGAAGUGCACCCACGACUAUAAGGUUCCCAACUCUCGGCUGGUCAUCAAAAAGGGUACCCAAAUAAUUAUCCCGUCGAUGGCCUACGGCAUGGAUGAGCGGUGUUUCCCGAAUCCGGAGAGCUACAUCCCCGAACGAUUUCUUGAGGAGACCAAAAAUUACGACGAGGACGCCUACGCACCGUUUGGAGAAGGACCGCGGAAGUGUAUCGCUCCUCGAAUGGGAAUUUUCGUCGCCAAAGUGACCUUGGUGAGGCUGCUGUCCAAGUUUCGGUUCGAGGCUACGCAAGAGCUGAAGGUUGAGUUUGCCCCCUCGGUGAUUCCGCUCGUGCCGAAGGAUGGAGUCAGGAUGAAGAUUCACAAAAGAAGUGUUUGGUAAACAAAUUUAUUUGUUUUUGAAAUUUGUUGCGUACUAUAAACGUUGUCAAAAAAGUUUAACUUAGGUUUAAUUUUUUUCUUUUUCACGAUUCAGAUUUUUUUUUCACAUUAAAGGCUAUUUGUAUAAAAUCGACUACAAAUCAAUACAUUGAUUAAAUUAGUAAACUAGAUUUUUUUUUUUUAAUUAAGUUAUAAACAAUAAGUUUACGGCCUUUUACAAAUGUUUGUCUUGAUUCAGAAAAAAAUGAAAAUAUUGUUUGCGAAGAGAUCGGAAAAUUUCACAAAUAUUUCACUUGUUGACAUUGCAAAUUAGACCAUUAGUUGAUGAGAUAUCGACAUUAGAAAAUGGAAGGUUUGGGUUUGGUUGAGACUCAGAAAACUUCAAUUUUUCUGUUUCUUUUUCUUUAACCCUUUCGAGCCUGAUGGGUCAUAUAUGACCCAA